GAUAUGAGGGUGCAUCUCACAUAUCUGGGCGGGCUAGAACAUGGCGGCGAAGCUGGUAUAGGCGGAGAACAAGAUCCGCUAACAGGACUUGAACUGCUUGAUUUGACAAACGAGAAUGUAGUCAAGCAAUAUGCGCGCACGUACCUGGGGACGUUCAUGCAAGGUAUCAGAGAAACAGAGAACCCCUGUGCUAAUGCUAUGCUCGUUGGAUCCAACGCUGAGGAGGAAUCAGUGACAAAAACAAAUCGAAACGAACAAGGAGUUUCUUUUUCGUGCCACGGUUCUCCUAACAAUCCUGGAAACGGCGAUAACGGGCAAGCAUCCCAAGAUGCGCCAUCAAUAAGCAUGAUGAGACUCUUCCUCUGCGUUCCGUAUCAUUACUUCAACUCAAUGUGCCGCAUUGAUCGUCUGCCACCACUGCUAGUGCGACAAAUUUUCGUUCCCUAUAUCAGCGACGCCAUUGCCAUGGGUCAGCGCGGCGGGGAAGUGACCGAAAGCGGCACCUUUUCUGUUUCUUUGCCUCUGGUCCUGGCCAAAAUUGGCCUCGAAAAGUGGAUGCUCGGUUGGCGGUGGGCCACCGAAUGUACAACGGCAGAUGCAGACAAUAGCUGCGACCACGGCAAGUACCCACCUGCAUGGUCCUCCAACA